CUCGUCAUUAUUUUUAGUUUAAAUCUUAGGGUCUGCUAAAACAAUACACUACUUAGAACGUUAAGUUUGUAUGGCGAUUGGGGACAAAGUCCAAAGUAUUGAACAUGAUGCGCAAAAAGCGACGCUCCUCUGUGGAAAAAGUAGCGGGAACAACUGCCGCCCCAAAGGCAAAGAAGAGUCGCAACAGCAGUCGGCAGCCUAAAGAGGCUGCCUCAGAGGAAACAAGCGAAACUGUUUUUGUCACUUUUGUAAAAAAAGCCGGCGUCAGCUUGAAACAUAAUGGCGCUUCGCAUGAGAUCGCUGUUGACCAGGUGGUUUUCCAGAAGCGAAUACAGCAGCAGCUGCAGAAAAGCCCCAGAUACCCUGAUAUCCUGAAGGAGUUUGUAACGGAUUUGGAGGCUUACGUUGAGAACCCGGACAGGUUCAGGAACUGCCUUCUUCCAUGUGUCCCACAGCCAUCUGAAGGAGACGUGAGAUCUGUCAGCUCAUUCCAGGAAAGCCUCAUCAGAAUGUUAUUGGGGAUCGAAAUGCUGCAGACUCUGAUAAUCAGCACCUUACUUGAGAAACUCCCUGAGUUUAUGUUCGAUGGCAUUGUGGACGGAGGACUCAAUAUUCCUCGCAUGAUUAUUAACCAGCUGAAAUGGCUGGACAGAGUCGUGGACACAAAGGAACUUGCUGCGAAGCUGAUGGAGCUGGUGUCGGUAGCGCCGGUUGAGGUGCAGCGUGACAUCAUCACCAGCUUACCUGAGAUACUAGAAGACUCUCAGCACAAUGACAUAGCCAGGGAGCUCAAUGCUUUGCUCCAGGAGAACACUCAACUGACGGUUCCCAUCCUGGACGCCCUCUCCAGUCUCAACCUCUCGUCGUCAUUACUGACGGAGGUCCGAGAGGCGGUUAUGGCCACGCUCGCCGCUGUCCAGCUGGAAGACCUGCCCGUUGUGGUGAAGUUCAUCCUGCACUCUGUCUCGGCCUCGAACGCACAUGAAGUGGUGAGUAAUCUGCGUCAGAAGCUGGAGCUGGAGCAGUGCGUUCUUCCUCCGGUGCUGCAGGCCUCACAGAUCCGCAUGAAAAGCAAAUCUUCGGCAGGAUCUGCUUCUACAGCCGCCGCUUCUGGCAGCAGUCAGGACAGCGUUACGUUGGUACUUGACUGCAUCAAGUCGGCGGUCCGGUUCCAGAAAACUAUUUCUGAGGCUUGGCUCAAGGCGAUCGAGUCUGUGGAUGAUGUUGAAGACCACAAGGUUUUAGAUCUGCUGGUGCUCUUCAUCCUGCACUGCACCAACGCCAACCAGAGCCGCCGGGGCGCCGAGAGAGUUCUGAAGCUCAAAGUGAGGACCGGACUCAUGCAGGAGGCUCUGCUGCAGAAAACCUUCAGGGACUACUCUCAGGUCAUGCGGGGGUACUUCCCCUCCAUCCUGGCUCUCGCUCAGAGUUUGGUGCGCUCCCCUGACCCCUGCGUGGUGCCUUUUGGUGGGCAAAUGUACAGCCACUCUUUCACUGCGUUUGACUCUUACUGCCAGCAGGAGGUUGUUGGCUCUCUUGUGACCCACGUGUGCAGCGGUGUCAGCGGGGAGGUGGACGUGGCCCUGGAGCUGCUCUGCAGUCUCGUCGUGGAAAAACCCUCAGAAAUGGCUCUCUAUGCUGUUUUUGUGAAGGGGAUCUUGGACUACAUGGACAAUCUCACAGCACAGCAGAUCAGAAGACUCUUCCACCUUCUGAGCAGACUGGCAUUUGGGCAGCAGCAGCAAGGAUCUCACAUACAGGACGACAUGCACAUAGUGAUCCGUAAGCAGCUCUCCAGCACCGUGCCAAAGUACAAGCGCAUAGGCAUCAUUGGCGCUGUGAUGAUUGUCGGCAGCAUGGGAGCCUUGAGGCCUAAAGGAAAGGAAUCACAGAGCAGCUCUCUGUCCCAGGAAACGUUAAGACAGGUGACGGCUCUGCUGGAGCUGGUGAAGUCGAGCAGCGAAAGCUCUCCCGAGGCAGCGGCUCUGUACUACGAUGAACUGGCCAACCUCAUCUGGAGUUCUGCGCUGGACCCGCAGGUGGAGGAAAUGAUUGGGAUGAGUGUCCUGGAUGACUUCCAGGAUGACUUUGUAGUGGACCUUGGACCAGAUAUAGCAGGAUCCUUCAUCUUUCCGGCCUGUGCCCUGUACAACCUCGAGGAGGAUGAGAGUCAGGGAGGCAUCGCCAUCAACCUGUUGCCUCUGCUGGCCAAAGAAACCCAACAUAAAGGAGAGCAGCAGCGAUCUCAAAUUGGGAAACAGAAGCAAGAAAAGCGGGUGUCCCCUCUCUGCUUAUCUCCCUUUUUCCGCCUAUUGAGGCUUUGUGAAGAGAAACGGCAUCAGGGAGAUCUAGAAGAGAUCGAUGCCCUCGUGGGAUGUCCUCUGAUCCUGACAAACAUGGACGUAGUGGACAAAGUUGACAGCCUGUCAAAAGCUGAGAGGGAGUUCCUCUGUACUUUGCUCUUUCACACCAUCAACUGGUUCAGAGAGGUCGUGAACGCGUUCUGCACACAGAAAGAGACGGAGAUGAAGAUGAAGGUGAUGACUCGCCUGCAGAACAUCACUGUUCUGCAGGCGCUGUUGGAGAGGGCUCUCGCAGGAACUCCUGGUUACAUGCCACCUGUUUCAAACUUUGAUGGAGAAACUACAGAUGGGAUCAGUUUUGGUGUUCCUGUGAACAAGGAAAAUAAAGAUGGAACGGGAAAAAAGCGAAAGGCUCCUGGUAAGAAUGCCCCAGAAGGCGCCUCUCAGCCUGAGGAGGCGACCGAAGCAGACGAAACUCAGCAGGAGCAGCCGGAAAAGGAGAAGGAAAAAGAGAACCGGCUCGGCGUCAGAUUGACGGCGUACAGGCCGUUCUUCAGAGAGCUGGACAUGGAGGUGCUCAGUGUGCUGCAGUGUGGUUUGCUGUCACGCUCGCUGCUGGACUCGGAGCUCCACACUAAGGUUCAAGAGGAGGUCGUGUUGGGCCCCACUGAGCUGGUCUUCCUGCUGGAGGAUAUGCAGCACAAGCUGGAGUUCAGUCUCACUGCCGCUCCAGCAAAGAGGGCUCCGUUCCUCAAGAUGAGGGCGGAUAAAACCGUGGGAUUCUCACAUCUGCAACAGAGGAGUACAAAAGACAUCGCGUCCUACUGUGUCCAGCUGUUACCCGCCCUCUGCUCACAUCUGGAAAACUGCCAUAAUCAUUUUCAGACUCUGCUGUCUGAGAACAACGGCGUUGUGGACGGACCAUCUACGGACGUGGAGGAGCACCAGGUGAUGUCAUCAGGUUACCAGCUGCUCCUGCAGGUCAUAAACACCACCUUGAAUUGGUCUGGAUUCAGCCAGCCAGGACAGCGGAGCUUGCUGAAGAAAGCUCUGGGGGUUUUGGCUGGACGACUUAAAGAAGGGGGUCCUGAACUGACCCUGGAGCAGCUCGUCAAGCACAGUUUCGAGUACCUGCUGAACUUCCGCAGCACCAUGCCGAGCCUGAGCACAGCUCUGUGUCUCUCCCAGCUCCUGUCAACUGUGUCAGAGAAGGGAGGAAACCCCGGUGCUUACAGAGAGCAGACCGCUUCCCUGGCGCGCCGCUUCCUGAACCAAAGUUGGGUGACGGCUAGCGGAGAGAAAGAGCGAGGCAGCAAAUUCAACGAGGCACUUCACACGCUCCUGAGCAUCUACCUCGAGCAUGUCGACGACGUUUUGAAGGCGGUGGAGGAAAUAGCCGGAGAAGGAAUCACCGAGCUGAUCAACACGUCCAAAGAUGAAAGCUCUGCUUCCUGGCCCACUCUGAACCGACAAACGUUCCUGGUUUUCUACAAGGUUUUGAUGGCCGAGCUGGAGAAAGCUGCCAGGAAGAUUCCCGCUGGUAAAACGAGCGACAGCUCUGAGGUCAGACUCCUGGGCACAGCGCUGCCUGCGCUCCUGUUUGAGACGUCCAUCAGUCUUUCCUGUGACCUGGUGAAGGUGUUUGAUUCCAGGCCAGUACUGAAUGUGUCCUUAAAGUAUGGACGACUUUUUCUGGAGUCUUUUCUGAAGUUGGGAAUGCCGCUGCUAGACUACAGUUUCAAGAGGCACAAGGAGGAUGUCCAGAGUUUGCUGAAGACCUUCCAGCUUAGCACUCGGCAGCUCCACCACAUGUGUGGACAUUCCAAGAUUCACCAGGACACCAGCCUAACUAACCACGUGCCAGCAGUGAAGAAGAGCCUGGAGCUGUUUGUGUACAGAGUGAAGGCCAUGCUGACACUCAACAACUGCCAGGAGGCCUUCUGGAUGGGAAACCUGAAGAACAGGAACCUGAAGGGUGAAGAGAUACUUUCUCAGAGAUCACAAGGGAGUGAUGACGAUGACGACGACGACGAAGAGGAGGAGGAGGGGAAUCAGGAAUUACCGCCAGCACAGGAACAGUCAGAUGAUGAGGUUCAGGACGGUGAUUCUGACUAAACCAGUAGGAUCAGCAGAAAGGAGGGCAGUACAGACGAUUCCGAUUAAAACUUAAAUAUGUAAACUUUUGUUUUAUUUCAUUAAAAAAAAAAAAAGUAAUUUACAGAUUCAUCUUUUUUUGUCUGUGUUUAAUAGAUUUAAUAGUAAUUUUUAAGCUAUUAAAUGCUAAUUGGCCAAUAUUUAAUCACGGUUUGUUUACAUUUAGGCAAUAAAAUACAAAAUGCCGGUCACUUUAAAGGAUUCAUGGGAUGAAUUUUUGCAUCUUAACAUGCCUAUUAAAGGACUACUGUUACUGUGUGUUCUGAAGAAAAUCUUUUAUUUGUCAGCCAAUAAAUAAUAGAUUGCUUUGAUCACAAUAA